UUCUUGAACUGUUCUUUCUCUGAAUCUUGCCAAGAUAACUGCAGAAAUGAAUAUACAUUAGCUCUGUCGUUUAGUUCAAAGUCAAUGACAUUAUUUUCAGACUUAGAACUCGAAAGCAACAUGAUGUGCCCAUCACCCUCUUCUUACGCUAUUUUACUAAAAUUUUUAAACCUUCAAUAUAACAACACUGGUUAAAGCCAAGCCAGAGAGAUCAAUUCAUUCAUCAGCAGCAAUCGAGAUUCAAGAUUUUCGGUCGAGAUGAAGAUCUGUUUUGCCACUCUUGCUCUGUUUCUGGCUGUUUACUUGGCAUUUAACCUAUCCAAUGCCGAGAAUACCGAACAGAUUCCACAGAAACCAGCCCUGCAUCAGCUCCUCCACACAGUUCAAGAAUGGAGAUCGACCGUGAAAGAAUCCGGUGCCACUGAGACUGAGCUCAAACUCUCAUUGGCUAUUGUGCUAGCCGGAAUACUGUGCUUCGUCUCGGCCUCAAUCGCGAGCGCAGGUGGCAUCGGCGGUGGAGGCUUGUACAUUCCUAUAAUGACUAUAGUUGCAGGACUAGACCUGAAAACAGCGUCUAGAUUUUCUGCUUUCAUGGUUAUUGGAGGAUCGGUUGCAAACGUUAUGUACAAUCUUUUUGGCAAAGCCUUGCUUGAUUUCGACUUAGCUUUGCUGCUAGAGCCGUGUAUGCUUCUUGGAGUGAGUAUCGGUGUCCUAUGCAACCGAAUAUUCCCUGAGUGGAUUAUUACCAUUCUAUUCGCUGUUUUCCUUGCAUGGUCUACUACAAAGACCUGCAAAAAUGGGGUCAGGUGCUGGAAACGAGAAUCAGAAAUGGCGAGUAAAAGACCAAGCGAGAGAGCAGAGAAAGGUCUACCUCAGAAAGAUGAGGGCUGCAGUGAAAUCGAGGAGGCCAAGAGCCUAAAAGAACCUCUCCUCAGGACACAAGAAACCGGAAGGAACCUAAAGCUUCCAUGGAUGAAGCUCGGUGUAUUGGUUAUUGUCUGGACAUCUUUCUUUGUCAUUUAUCUUCUCCGCGGGAACAAAGAUGGCAAGGGAAUCAUAUCGAUAAAGCCUUGUGGUGUAGAGUAUUGGAUUCUACUGUCACUACAGAUACCUCUUGCCUUGGUUUUUACGAAGUUGGCUCUCUCAAGAGGCGAAUUUCUUCAAGAACAGUCCCCGAGCAAUCAGAAAAACCAGGAAGAUCCAAGCGUGGAUCGGUCUACGAAGCUAAUGUUCCCUGUAAUGUCAUUUCUAACCGGCUUGUUAGGAGGUGUCUUUGGGAUUGGAGGUGGAAUGCUUAUAAGCCCUCUUCUUCUUCAGGUUGGAAUAGCACCAGAGGUGACAGCUGCAACAACUUCUUUCAUGGUGUUUUUCUCGGCCACGAUGUCUGCAGUGCAGUAUUUGCUACUAGGAAUGCAGAACACAAAAGCGGCUUACAUGUUUUCCUUCAUCUGUUUCAUUGCCUCGCUUGUCGGCUUGGUCGUAGUGCAGAAAGUCAUCGCUCGGUUCGGAAGGCCAUCCGUUAUAGUCUUUGCGACAAUCUUUGGGGCUCUUGAUGUUUGGACAGCUUAUGCAGCAGGCAAAGACAUUGGGUUCAAACUACCAUGUUGAAGCAUGAAUCUUCAGAUCUUUUCAGCUCCAGUCUUAAGAGACAGAGAUUCAAUAGGGUUUCGGGUUCUGGUUUGUAAAACUGACUACUGUUUUUCUCUUUUCUUUUCUUUUUUUUUUUGUUGUGUCAUGUGCUUGUUUUCAUAGCUACCUCCUGCAGAGGUUAAAGCUUUCUCUGUGUAAGAAAAUAGUAUUUGGAAGCAAAAAAACAUCAUCUACAUAAGACCUUGUCAGCUAGAGCUCUGAAAUGACCUCUACAUUAGAGGUACAAAUGGAGAGCAAGACAAAGGUUGUGAUUCGCACAUUUGUAUAUUUGAUGAUUUGUGGUUGUGGUUUAGCCAAGCCCUCCAAUGAAACAGCAGUUAACCACCUA